AUGAUGCUACGAUCCAAGUUUUGUCUUCAAUUAGGAUGGAUAAUCACAAUUGUAUUCUGUUUAUCAUUUACGUCGUCCACAAUGUUGCCGAAGUCCAAUAUUGAAGUUUUAAACAAAUUAAUAAGGGAAAAGCUUCUGAUGAAGGUGAUACCUGAGUUAAAGAAGUCCUUGCUCACAAUCGAACAACUACGAACAUCGUCCAUGGCAUGUAAACAUCGGAUAACGUCAUCUUAUAAAACAUGUGCCGAUUGUACCAAAAACAGGUGCUAUGACAGAUACAGAGAGUGCAAAAUCAGUUCGAGGAAAAGAGUCACUAUGUGCGAGAUCGUCGCAUUAGAUCAGGCAGAGAUAUGCUCCUUGACAGACAAUGCUGAAAAGUUCAUGCUUAAUGUUGUUACAAAUAUCAAAGAUAGAUUAGGGGCAAAUUUACGAUAUGCCAUAUACGACAUGGGCUCCUUGAUUGAGACUUUCGUUGUCCAUUUGGCCAACUAUGCAAACACUUGGUCAUCGAACUCUGCAUUUGCCCUUCAAAAUGCUAUAAAACAAAUCCAAACACGUUAUACAAUUGAAAAUAACCGGUUUAUGGCUGAUAUUCAUUACCGUUCACCAGAAGAGGUCAUUUUGAGGGAUAUGUCAUCCGCAAUGAAUGUUGGAAUGGACAAAUUAGGAGCUACUAUACCAAACACGGGAUCUUUCUCAUACGACCUCUCAAGGACUCUUGCGGAUUUAUUAAGUGUACAUUUUAAUGUGGGGAGGAAGAAGAGAGCUGUAGCAUGCAAUACACUUGCAACACAACAGACAACUUGUCUGGUGUUCCGUGAUCAGUGUGCCACCUGCAGAUCAAUGCCAAAGUCAAAGCCUGUGACUGACGUUUGUGGAGCUCUUUAUACAUCAGAGGCCAAGCAAUUGGUAGAUUCUUUGACAAGGACCACCCAGAUAUAUGAAGAGGUGUUGUCCAGAGUUAAAUUUGUUCAGUCGGCCUCUUACACAAGAGUUGCAUUUAACACGCCUGAAAUCAAAUUUCAAAACACAAAGUUUACUGUGGCGAUCCAAAGUAAGCCGUCGAUCCUCUUUGCGGAUUUCCACGUCUUCGACAUGGGAGUCACUGCAGGACAACUUGCUGAUAAAAUCUGGACUGAUUGGACAAAAAAUAAUGCAGUUUGA